AUGAUAAAGAAGAUACUGAACAACCUGAACAUCUCAAACGAAGAAAAGGAUGAGAAUUUCAGCCACAGCGAAAAUAUUUUAAACCUAAUCGAAGGAAUAAUUAUACACGAAAAUUCCUACUGGAAAUAUGUGAACAUAUUAAACGAAUUAACAACGCUAUGUUAUGAGGAUCCAUUAAAUUUUCGGAAAUUUUUUUUUGUAAAAAAUGAAAAUGUCGUAGAACAGAAAAAGAAGGCCAACCAGAUAGUGGACAGAAUAUUAAUUGUCCUUGAAAAAUAUGAAGACGCAAGGAGCACAUUUCUUUGCGCAAUUGCCAAAUUAAUAUUUAUCAAUGCUUUUGAUUUAAACGUCGAAAUUUUACGCACCCUCUGUGACUUGGCAUACAACGAGGAAUACAAGUAUGACGUGCUCUCUGUUUUCGAGGAAAUCGUGGCGGCGGCGAUGCUGAACUCGGCCGAGAAAGAAACGCUGAAGAAUAUUUUCAGAGGACUACAACACAUGCCCAGGGAUGAAGCGGUCGCAAAAAGCUUCUCCAGUUGCAUACAUAAAGUCAUCAAGCUGCUUAGGGAUUCCCUUGAUGAGCACAUCUUGGGAUUCCUCUCCGUGGCAACGUUAGAUCGGCACAACUGCCUAAUAGCCUACGACGAGGGGCUCCUGAAGAUCCUCACCACGGAGAUGACCAAACGGGAGGAAGACAAAUUCGAAGAGGCGCCUCCCCACCUCGAGAUGGUAUACCGAAUCGUACAGCAACUAUGCGGGAACCAUGUUAAGCACUGCACAAUGCUCGUAAAGGAAAAAAUGCACUUAAACUUCUAUUUCAAGAAAAUCAAGGAAAUAAUAAAAAAGGAUUUUAUGAGUCAUUUUGAAAAAAAAAAAUCCAUUUUCUGCAAUAUUAUUCUCCAUACGAUAAAUAAUAUUUGCACCUUUGAGAAGGAAAUUCUGUUCGAGUUGUGUAACUCUCACCACCUGAUCGAUCUGCUUCUAAUUGGCAUAAAAAUGGAGAUGAGCAAUCCGUACUUUUUAAGCGCAAGUUUGGCUGGGCUAUUACUAGUAUUAAAAAAUGAAGAGCUGUACAAAAAGAAUAUUGAAUAUAUCUUAGAGAACACCAAGGAUUUGAAAAUAGUGUUACCCUUUCUGUUUGGACAGAAAUAUAACUCCAUGCUUCGUCACUACCACAAAGAAGAUGAGCACGUGGAAAUCUACCUCCACGAUGUCGUCAAAAGCACACUUGAUAUUUUUGCGUUUUUUUUUAUAAAGGAGGUGGAUAAAUUUUCCAUGAAGGUGAAGAAGGGCUUCAGGGACAGCGACAUUAACUACUACUUGCUCGUCUGCCUGGAAAGCCAGAACGAAGACGUGGUGAUCCGCCUCCUCAGGUGCAUUCACCUCAUCCCCUUCGACGACUGCAAGUCCAUCGAGUUCCACAAAAUAUUCUUCCUCCUCCGUGAACGGGAAAUCACGCUGAACGAAAAGUGGAAGGAAAUCUACUACUACUGCGUUAGGAUAUACAUAAAGGUGAUAAAAAAUGAAGAAAUUUCCAAAAUUUUAGAGCAGUACAAAUUCGAGGACACCCUCACGGGCAUUCUACGCAUCAUGAACCAGUUCCUCUUGAGGGCCGUUAUCCUCCACAGGAAAAACGAUUUGGUGACAUUCAAAGGGAGGAAAGCGGCUCCAGGAAGAUACGGCGAUUAUGUAGGAGGUGAAAUAGACUACAGUAACCAAGAGACGUACGCUACAGUCGAUUUGGAUGAUGCAGAAGUUGACCUGAACAAGAUAACGGUGGAGUUACUACGCACGUGCUCCAGGUACCCUCCCCUGAGAUACUUCAUGAGAAACAAUUCCGCGAGCUAUUAUUUUAUAAACGUCCUGACAAAUGAAGACAGCCUGUUCAGCGAAAUAAACGUAGAUUACGACAUUCUAAUCGAACGGACGUGGUGUUCGAGCAUUGAAAAUGUUUUCAAAGCAUUAAUGAAAAAUAACAUUUCAAAGGAUAAGAAGAUAUGUUUACGUCUUCUAAUCAACGUGGCUGACAUGUUCAGUGGUUACUUUUAUCAGUUCAAGACGGAUACACAUUGCAACAUAUUCGACUUAUGUACUCUGGAAGAAAAACACUGGAAGAGGAAAAAAAUUCUGCAAUAUUUUUACAUGAUGAAUAGCGCUGACGUUGAGGAUUACAAAAAGCAGCUACACACAUUUGUCCACUUUUAUAUGACAAAUUUGUACACUCUGCUGGACGUAUUUGUCGAGAAAAAUAUCUUCUCCGAAUUGAAGAAAGAGCAACGGGAAAAUUACUUCCCCGGGGUGCUUAAGUUUAACAAGUUGAAAUAUGAAAAAAGAAUUUCCAAAUUGAAAUUAAAGGAAAAAGAAAUCAGAUCAAAAAUUUUACCUGAACAAAUGGAGGGAAGGGAUAACAGGGUAAAUACUCCUCUCCUUGAUGAACUGCAAAAAGUGAAGGAAAAAAAGAAGAAACUCUUUUUGUGGUUACACAAUAAUAACUUCCAGCAAACGUUUGAUAUUUCUCUCGUGGAUGAUUACAUUGAGUGUAAUCUUGAGCACAUGUUCGAAAUGCCCAAAGUGGUGAAGAAAAAAAAAACCAUUCGACCUGGUAGGGGAAAUGUCUACAACGGAAAAGACCCUCCUGAUGGGUCUCUGGAGGAAUCACUAGCAGGGGAUGCCACAAGUGUAAACAAUGCCGCAAGCCAACUCGAAGGGAAAACACCACGAACGGGGAAUAUCCCCCCCCUGGGUGUACACCUUGGUUCCUCCACGAGUGAACCCUCCUACCGUGAUGACGAAUCUUCAGCCUCCUCCCUCGCAGAGGAAAAUCCAAACGAAACGGUCUUAGACAAAAUGGCCUGUGAACUCCUCUCCUUUGAUAAGGAAAAAAUUUACCAGCAGAAAAAUAACCACUUGAAUAUACUCCUAUUUAGCAAAAGAGGACUUUUUGUAAAUUGUAACAGAGGGCAAAUAAAUGUGGCGCACAUUUUGCACACAUUUUUGCGCAUAUUUUUCAGCAUCAUAAUAAAUAGCGUAAACAGUAAUGAACAUGAUCACUACCUACGGGUGAAGGAAUUUUUUUUAAAAACGACUGUCUUGAAGACGAUGAUCAACCUUCUAGCGCAGUGCAGUUUUUACGACUGUAGCGUUUAUGCUCAUUUCUUUCGUUUGUACAGCGAAAUUUUGAAGCAGAAUUUGACGGCAGUGGAGUCCAUGGAUAUGCUAAUUUUUUACAACAUUUUUUUCUACUACUGUAAAUUGCUGAGUAGGGAAUUUAUCAACAAACUUAUUAAUGAGGAAUACGUCCUUUCGUUGAAGGAGCAAUAUUUUUACGCAGAAUGUUGUAAGCUUUUUUACUGUUUUACGCAAAAAAUUAUUUAUAUUCAAUUUUCUCACUACAGCGAAAUCCAGAAAUGGUGUGUGGACUGUUCCUUGUUCUUUUUCUUUUACAAAAAUAACAUUCUCCUACUACUUUACCUGUUUAUAUACAUUAACAGCGUCCACCACGGGUCUGUCUACGCCUCCUAUAUUUACCACAAGAAAAAUUUUACCUCCAUUCAUACAAUCUUUUUUUACACACUCUUCACCUUGUCGUACUUGAUGUGCUUUUCCAAAAAGUUGAAAUAUUUCAUUUUGUACUUUAUCAAUUAUAAGAAAUAUAUUCACAAGGUCCUCUUCAGGAGGUCCGUCCUACAUUCGCUUUUUCUCUACCAAAAGUUGAUAUACUUGCGGAUCGUCCUGCAGAAUCAGCUGUCUCUGGAGAGACGCACCCCCGUGCAGGUGUAUCACAUUUCCCCGGUGAUCUACGUGCGGGAGAAUGCCGUCGAAUGGUACUUCCUGGCAAUCGGACUGGACAAGUACUACCUAAUUUAUAUACCUGACAACUUUGAAGAAAACAUAACAGAAGAUAAGGACAUCAAGCUGGUGAUCCACUCGGAGAAAAAAUACACUGACAUAACUAGAAUAUGCCUGAGCAAGCAUAGUGAAAACUUUUUCGUCUUCGGUUACAUAAGUCACGAGGACGAUAAGAGCUACGAACUGUAUGACAUAUUCAUAAGUGUUAAUAGACAUUUUCGCGAUGAAAUAAUUUCCUACGCGCAAUUUUUAUCCGGGGGGAGCUUAGAAACGAAGGUAGACUUGGUGCAGGACACGGUCUUCGCAAAUAACCUGAAGAGGCAUAUGAACAUACGGAACAUUAUUAUAACGUCUUUUGCGUAUAAGGAGAUGAAACCGGAUGAGUACUCUAAAAAGAGUGGGAAAGCAGGCAGCAAAAGGAAGGACAACCUAAACAGUGGUGUACAGUCUCAUGGAUGGUCAGAUGAGGAGCCAAACGAAGGGUCGCUCCAGUCAGAAGAAAACUCGGACCCGCAUUAUAGCGAAUCUAGUCAUACACUCCAUAACCACGAAGAACCACCUUCUUCUGCAGCCGAAUCGAACGAUGAACAGUUUAACAUUUUUAGGAGAAACACAAACAGUAAGAGAAAGAGGAAACUGUUCUUUUUCGUUUUAACGAAAAAUCAUUUAUACGUUUUUAAAUUGAAUUUUAAAAAGUGGUUAUGUUUAAGUCCAUUUGUCGAUGGAGAAAAGGAUGAUAUACACCUUUACGUUGAGUCCAGUCUGGACAGUGCAGAAGAACUCACCAGGGGAAAAAAAAAAAUCUUCACCAGUGAAAAAAUAUAUUUGAAUAAUUUCUUGGGACUCUGUGCCAGUCCUACUGACGAUGAGAACGUUGCAUUCGCCAGGAAGUGUGCAGUACGGAACACCAUCAAACAGGUGUACUCGUCAAACAACACGGAGUACACGAACGAGCAUGUGGUCCUCUCGACGAACACCACGUCCACCACGCAGAGUGACGAUCAGCCAGACGGUCACUCAGAUGAUCAGCGUGGUGGCCACCCGGACGGCCAGCGUGGUGACCAUUACCAGCAUAACGAGAGCUACCUAUCUGCAAACAAAUCCUUCCUAAAAAUUGUACACAAAUACAAUAACGAAAAUUUAAACAAAAUAAAAUUUGUCAAUAAUUACGAAAGUAUAGUAGCGCUUAAUUACAAAGUCAAGCAUGGAGAGUUGCCGGAAAAAAAAAUAAAAAUCAUCAUGUUCGAUGAUUAUACGAGGGAGCUUUGGAAACGUUCUCUGGCAUUUUCGCUCAACAUACAAAUGACUUCCUCGUACGGAGUGGCUACGAAAAUGGACUUGACCGCCCUGCUGAAGACUGCACAUACGUGUAAAAAUGACUUAAAAAAAAAAUGGGCGUUUAUAAAAAAGGGGGGGAAAAAGCAGACGCCCGACUGGGCUCGGCUCGACCCUUACGCCCGCCGGAGAGACGGAAGAAAUACUAAAACCAGGAGCACAAAUCGGGACUAA